UUUUUAGGGCCAGAGCUAAAUAUGAAAUUAAAAAUCAACGCUAAAGUGUGAAACGCCUGAAAUGUCGGCUGUCUGGCGGCAGUCAGGCGAAUGCUUAGAAGGCUUAGAAGUAGCUCCGCUGCCAGGUGGAGCAAGCAUUUGCAGACAAGUCGCGGAACGGAGCAAAGGUCUCGAGCGGAAGUUGAAAUUAGCUAAGCGGAAGAGCAAAAUAGUCCCGAAUUAAGUUUUCGGUUACCAAUUAGCAAUGAACAAGGAGUUUAUUAUGCAGGGCGGCACGCCCAUAACCAGUGAACUGGCAACGGAACUACGCAAGCUCGUCUUUGGCACAGCCGCAAUCCCAAUGCGUGCCGAGUGGCUGCAGACGGCCUUUGUGUUUGGAGCUGCCCCCAAGGAGGAGUUGGCCUAUGGACUACGUUGUCCACGGAACGCCACACGUGGUCUGCUCUCCGUGGUGCAGGGAUUCAUCUUGAAGUAUCUGCUCUUCUCCCGCAAGAAUAGUCGCAAUAAUUCCACUGAUCCGCUUCUGGCUAACGCCGAGAUGCAACGAGAUUCGCUUUUCAAUGCCUUAAUCGAAAUAUUACGCACCAUUUCGGAUAAGGGCAAGGUCACUAUGGUGCUGCCCUCGGAGGAUGAGGUAUUUGUGGAUCACAGUGCCAGCUACUUUCAUGAUACGGUCACCGAAAAGCUUUAUGUCUUUACACUCUCGCCCAACGAGGAACUGGAACACUUUAUGAAGCGAAAUUUCAAAUAUUUUACAGAUGAGGAGACUCCGGGCACUUUGCUGUUCCUUUAUAGCGCCGUACUCACACGCUCGAUGGGAAAAGUGCGCACGGAUUUGGACUCGACUAAAGGUUCGCCGUUGACGAUGAGCAACCAUGAGGAGGGUUCCCUGAUGAUUGUCACCUUGCUGUUGACGGGACGUGCCACGCCCUAUAUCCAUAAUGGCGUCAUCAAUGUGGGCGAUGAGAAUAGCUAUGCCGUACCGCAGUAUGGAGUGUUGAAGCGUUGCAUGAUCGGACUGCUGCUCUGGGACAUUGAAUCCGCCAGCGCUGCUGUCAACCAAUCCCGGCAACCGGGCUCUCGUUUAAAAACGCCCAACUAUCCCAUUUGGAUUACCAGCUGCACUGGCCACUAUGGUGUCAUCUUUAACCGGAAUCCGGAUCUGUUGAGGAACUAUCAUGCCGAGUCGCGAUUCGAUGUGAACUAUUAUAGCUGUUCCGGCCAUCAGAUACUGAUGACCAUCGACAAUCGGACGUACAAUGAGCAGGCAUUGGUCAUGUUGGAGCGACAACCAAUUACACCGGAGAGCACCUCGUUAUCGGGCAAGCCGGGCAAGGAUGAGGCCGGCACGGCUGCCGGUGGUGCUUCUGCCGGAGUUGUUGGUGUCGCUAGCACUAGCGGCGGUGGUGCUAGUGGUGCUAGCGCUGGCAACGAUGUGGUCGCCAAGGAGGAGUCAACGCUCAACACGCCAUUGCAGCGUUUGAUUCAUACCAAGUGGGAAGAGGCAACUAUAAGCUUUCACGUGCAGCCAUCGAUGUUGAGUUAUCUUUUUAGUACCACACAGUAGUUUGAGACCAGUCGAAACUCUCCUCUUACCUCCCUUAAGAUAGCUUACUAGCAACUCUUUGCUUCUCAUAGAUAUAGAUUUAAUAAUCUUCCAACUAUAGAGUAGUUCCUAUUGAUUCCCAACUUACAUUGACAGCAUGUCAGCUUGUUAUGUUGUCUCUUGAUCUAUGAUAUAAAUCGACUUUCUUGGCGAAUGACCAAUACCCUACACCUUUUCAUAAAUAUCCGUACUACGUACAUCUAUAUCUCAACAACCAGCCAAGUAAGUUGUAUAGUAGUUCUAUAGUUUCAUAGAUGUUAAACUAUCCUCUAAUCUAAAAUACUUCUCUCGUAGUUCCCUUAGGGUCGUAAAAAUUUAAAUUUAAGUUAAUUAUUCUUCGUUCUCACGUAGUUUUUUUUUUUUAUUAAUUUGUUAGCAUUAAUAGAGCUCAAGUAAUCUUUCAUCUAGAUAUUUAAAAUAAUCCCAUUUAAUAACAAAUGAUCCUAGAGUACAGUUAUCCUUACCAAUAAUGUCUAGCUUUAAUUACUAUAUAGCUGUUUAGUGCCAUCAAUUGUAUGCUUUCUAGUCGAAAAAAAAAACCCUGCACAAUUCCUAGUUAAUCAAAUCGUAUCGUAUGUUGCACUUAGUGGAGUUCUACUGUUGCUGUCUCUGAGCUCUGUUCUAAUGAAUUGCAUUUUUAAGGGUAUUUUAAAAAGAUACAUGAAUUUGGAAUUCCAUAACAGCGAUGGUAAAUACACGUAAAAUAUUGCGGAAAUAUUGUUACCAAUGCCUCUCUCUAUGCAUCAAGAGCGACUACAGGAACUCACCCAGUUGAGGUUGCCGCCUGGAGCCACUAGACGAUUAAACUAAACUAAAACACUUUUAACUGCACUUACUUUACACAAAUAUAAUAAUAUGCGAAAAUUGUUAAGAAAUGUUAAGAAAUAAAUGUUCAAGCUAUAUACUGAAAA